AUGAUGACCAGUGACUUUAGAGAGAUGGAUCCUGGUGAGUCCCCUCACAUACUCCAGGCAGAAACAAAGACCAGCCCUGAGGCUGAUGGACCCGCUCCGAGGGUUUGCAGAGUUAAGGGAAGGAAAAAGACGCUCAAAGAAAAUGUUGUCGGAAAAGCAGGAAAGACAAAGAUAGAAGCUAACAAGGAGACGGCGCCCCACUUGAAGGACGUUGCUCCUACUAAAGCUGUAGUAAGAAGCAGAAGGAAGAUAACUUUUGGAGUUAGAAAAAGAAAAAAGAAAAGGAAGAGGGCUUCAGGAGACCACCACAGAGCUAACUUUGCGGAAAAAUACUGGCAGCUGGAUAAGAUUGGCGAAGGAGGGUUCGGAUCCGUGUUUGCUGGCUUCCGCAGAGCGGACUGUCUGCCAGUGGCCAUCAAACACGUAGAGGAAAAACAUCUCCUCGAACCAGUGUGCCUAAAUGGGAAGAACCUACCCGCAGAGGUGGCCAUAAUGAUGAAACUGGCAGCUGAAAAAAAUGACUCUGAGGGGAUGUCUGCACCAAUAGAAUUACUGGAGUGGUAUGACCUGGGCAACAAGGUGAUACUGGUGCUGGAGAGACCUUUCCUUUCCCAGGACCUUCACAAUUACACAGUCGACCAUGGGCCUGUACCGGAGUGCAAGGCCAGGAUCCUGAUGAGACAGCUGGUGGAUGCAGCUAUUGGUUUGGAGAAGAGGCAAAUCUUUCACUGCGACAUAAAACUUGAGAAUAUUCUAAUUGAAACAGGAUCUUGUGUCCCAGGGGUUCGCCUCAUUGAUUUUGGUAUGAGCGAAAUUAUAGAAAAAGACACAGUUUUCACUAUAUUCCGUGGCACCGAAGGACACAAACCUCCAGAGUGGUACGUGAACUCCUGCCACAAGCCUGCUCCAUCCACAGUGUGGCAGCUCGGGAUCGUCCUCUUCGAAAUGCUCCAGAAAGAAUAUUUUUCCACUGAAGACUUUCUCAAAAAUAAACUGAAAAUGCCUAAGAUGUCCAAAGAUUGCACCGAUUUCCUUCAACUGUGUUUGAGGGAAGACCCGGCGCUGCGCUCCAUCCUGACAGAGCUCCGGCUUCACCAGUGGCUGAUAUGA